AUGUCUACAAGUUCAACUGAUUCCGGAUGGGUUCUCUACCAGUAUACUCCAAGCAAAGGCGGGGCAAUAGCUGUUGCCAUAGUAUUUAUACUUUUGACAGUAUUUUAUGCCUGUCAGUGUAUUUGGGAAGCAAAAGAGGCCACCAGAGUAGUUUAUGGUAACCCUUUCGAAAAUGAAGAAGAAAAAUACUACUCUGAAAUCAGUGAGUCCCCCAGCGGCACAUACCAAAAGCUCACUAUGUCAUCGAAUUUCCUAGUUUUUAUUCCGUUCUUUGUUGGCUGUCUUAUGGAAGUUGUAGGUUACAUCGGAAGAGCACUCUCGAGCUCUAAUCCAGAAGCAACUACGCCGUACAUCAUGCAGUCCGUUCUUUUACUCGUUGCGCCCGCAUUAUAUGCGGCUACUAUCUAUAUGAUAUUUGGUUCGAUUACUUCACGUUAUGAGAUGUCAGUCGCUUAUGAUUAUUUCUGCCCGUUACGGAACUACUUUCUUUGUAUUUGGCGAUGUUUUGAGUUUCUUUAUGCAGGCUGGAGGUGGUGGGUUAAUGACAAAAGAGAAAAGUAGAAAAACGGGUACAAACCUCAUUACUGCCGGUCUCGCUGUCCAAAUUGUCUUCUUUGCCUUCUUCAUUGUAAAUGAGUUGCGAUUUUCAUUGAGAGUUGCAGAGGAAUGCCCUUUCUAUCGGUAUAUUUCCAAGAGGUGGAAAUUCCUGAAUUACACAUUAUUAAUUGUCAGUAUAUUGAUUAUGAUUCGAUCUAUCGUGAGACUAGUAGAAUUUGCACAAGGAUUUGAUGGAUUUAUAAUAUCGCAUGAGUAUUUUAUAUAUGCAUUUGAUGCUGUUCCCAUGCUUUUGGUGAUUAUUGUUUUCAGCAUAGGUUCAUAUUUUGGAAGCUUGUUUAUGACCAUUGCAGAAUGCCAGUCAAUUAAAAGCGGACCUU